AUGUCGACCUAUUCUCAAGACGACGAACAUGACCCUCAGGCGGACGAGCUCCGCGAGACGGCGCUGGUGACGCUAGAAGCGCUGGUCAGCUCCUGCAGCCAGCAAAUGCAACCCUACUUGUCGAAUACUAUCAAAUCCGCCCUUAAAUCUCUAAAGUACGAUCCGAAUGUGGCAGAGACCGAAGAUGACGAAGAAAUGGGGGGUACUCAGGAUGAUGGUUCGGACGACGAAGUCGAUCUUGGAGAUGACGAAUUUGAGGAUUUCGAGGAGGAAGGGGGAUACAGUGAUAUUGAUGAUAUGAGCUGGAAGGUUCGUCGAUGCGCAGCAAAGCUUCUCUACUCCGUCAUUUCGACAUACGGUCGUGGCCGUGCUCUGGACGAUGCCUCUUUGUACCAGCAAAUUGCACCCGCUCUCAUCGCUCGCUUUAAUAAAGAAAGAGAAGAAAGUGUCAAACUCGAAGUAGUUUCCACCAUGACUGCCCUCGUUCGGAAGACCAGCGAAGGUGCCGUGAUCAUCACAUCGGGCGGAUUCCUUGAGGCCGUAGGAGGAUCGAAGAACUCAAGAAAGAGGAGAAGGCAAGACAGCGAUGCCAGCAUGAUCGACUUUGAGCCAAGCAUCGGUACAUCUUCGGCAGCCGGCUCACCUGUGAUUGCACCAUCCUCGCCAAAGGCUGGUCCUCAGGCAGACUUGGCUCGUUCAGUCCCGACCAUUGUGCAGAGUCUUGUGAAGAUGUGGAAGCAAGCAUCAGUGCCUCUGAAGCAAGCCAUUAUUGUUCUACUUAAGAGUCUUGCUCUAGUUCGCUAUGGUGGCCUAGCGGACCAUUUGCAACAGAUUCAAGAUCCUAUCGCAGAUGCUCUCAAGGUCUCCUCUUUCUCGGGAAGCUCAUCGGCAUCAACCGGUGCUGCUGUCAGUGCAGGAACCCUUCAGAUCGAAACUUUGAGUCUCAUAGCUGCAAUCGCAGAGACCCAUACAUCUGAUGCGCUGUUGCCUUUCCUGACUGCAUUGAUCCCCGGUGUAAUUAACGCUGUCAACGACCGGAAUUACAAGGUCAGUAGUGAAGCCCUUGGAGCCGUCGAGCAGAUUGUGAAAUCCCUCACGCCACCCCGCGUGUCGUCAAACCCUCAGAACCUCGCUGCGAAAUUAGAAGAACUGUACAAUGUAGUCCUGGCACGGAUUACUGACACAAGUGCUGAUCUCGAAGUUCGCCAGCGGGCAAUCCAUGUCUUUGGUGUUCUUUUGGCACGUACAUCUGGAGAAAAAGGCACUGGCUUCCUUUCUCUUGACCUACGCUCCAAGGGACUUUCAGUGUUAGUCGAUCGCUUGAAGAAUGAAACCACGCGGUUUUCUGCUGUCCGUGCAGUUGACGAUGUUGCAAUUCUUUGCGGUCGCCAGGAGGAUGUUUCUGCAACUUGGGUUGGGGAAGUGACUUCAGAGCUUGGUGCUCAACUACGAAAAUCAGACCGUGCCCUCCGAGGCGCUAGCUUGGAGGCUCUGCGUAGCUUAUCCAUGAACCCUAACACUAGGACCCAUUACGACGAAAAGACCAUGAAGGAAUUAGAAGACUGUCUUUUACCGCUCAUUAGUGCUGAGGAUUUCCAUCUCCUCUCCCCUUCUCUCAUUAUAUUGGCAAAGAUCAUCCCAGGAAAUGCCGGGCUUCUAGUACACGAAGGCUUAGUUACUGCCAUUUGCUCAAUAGUUACGUCUUCGCUUGUCGGUACUGUUCUCAAGGCAUUGCUUCUCCUUGUCAAGGUCAUCGGCGAACAAGGUGCUGGAGCAGAGCUCAUGAAAAAGCUUUUGCGGGACGUCGGUAUCAAUGGCGAUACCUCCGUUGUUGGAAGGGCGAUCGGAACUCUUCUAGUGCACGGAGGCCCUAAGUUGGACGUCAAGAUGGAAGACUUCCUAGCAGAGCUACAAACGGCCCAGGAUGCCCAGCGCAAGUGCCUUUCACUUGCCAUUUUGGGAGAAAUCGGUCUCCGGAUGGGUGCUAAUUGCUCGCUGACUCCAGACCUGUUCAUUACUCACUUCAGUUCCAAAUCAGACAAAGUUCGGUUGGCUGCAGCCACGGCUCUUGGAAAUGCCGCUGCAGGCAAUGUCAAAAUCUACUUACCUAUUGUCUUGGGAGGCUUGGAGAAGUCCAAUCCUCAGAGCUAUCUGCUUCUCCAUUCCGUGAAAGAAUUACUUCAACACCCCGAAGUCGUUCGCCCAGACGUUGCUCCUUCUGCCAUUAAGCUAUGGCAAGCUCUAGUCGUCGUCUCGGAUGAAGAAGACAACCGGGCUGUCGGUGCCGAAUGCGUUGGGCGGUUGGCUUUGAUUGAUCCUGUGGCCUACAUUCCCCAUUUCCAGGAAUACCUAUCCAACCGAGACCCUGUCAUCCGUGGUGUUGUGAUAUCUGCCUUCCGUUACACCCUCACAGACUCGAGUGAUGCCUACAAUGAUGUGCUGAGACCGUUGAUUGUCCCGCUUUUGGUGAACAUGCUCAGUGACCGUGAUCUGGGUAACCACCGCCUUGCAUUGACAACAUUAAACUCUGCAAUCCACAACAAGAUGGAUAUCAUUCUUCCACACCUUGGUGAAUUACUUCCGGCGGUGCUUGGUGAUACUCAAAUCAAACCUGAAUUGAUCCGCGAAGUGCAAAUGGGCCCGUUCAAGCACAAGGUUGAUGACGGGCUUGAGCUGAGAAAGAGCGCUUAUGAAACACUUUACGCCUCCUUGGACACUGCGUUCUCCCGUGCCCACGUUUCCGAGUUCUUCGAUCGCAUCCUUGCCGGAAUCGAUGAUGAACAGGAUAUCCGCACCAUCUGCAACCUCAUGACCUCUAAACUCAUCCCCCUCACCCCCGAAGACACACAGAGAUACCUCGACGCUCUCUCGGAGCGCUACACCACUGUUCUGUCAUUCAAGCCCAAGGACAAUGCCGUCAAGCAGGAGCUCGAGAAGGCACAAGAAGCCUCCAUGGGUAUUCUCAAGGUCACCCGAGAACUCAGCAAGGCGUUCCCUAACGCUGAAGCUUCCGGUGACCACCACAAGUGGAAGUCUUACAUGGAAUGGGUCCGAAAGACAUUUGCCGUGCAACUCAAAAGCCUAGAAACGGAUUUCUAA